AAACGUUGAAGUUGUCGAGCCUCUAGCCUCGUUGGAGCCUAUUUACUGCGCCUCGUGUGGUGAUAUGACGUCAGGUACACAUAAACGACUGCGGACGUCGUGCUGCUCCUGCGGGGAGAGGAAUGUGUCCAUGUGAAAAAGUGCUGGAUGGGUCGGGGAUCAGAUGGAUGCUUCUGAGCAUCAGCACUUAGACAUUCGGAGUCUGUCUCUUGAUCACUGAUUUAUCCUUGUGUCUGCAUUGCGUGUGAGGUCGAUAUGAUGACGGCCAGGAGAGGUAAUGGAAAUGAAAUCCGAAUGCCUCGUAACAACCGGACUGGUCAUCAUGAUGCAAGGACGUUAUCGUCCUAAAGCUAUCCCACUCCGAUGACUGGAUUUCCUCAUACCUUCGCCUUGUUCGGCGCCAAUGGCCAAAUCGGCUCAUUCAUUCUCCAUGCUCUCUUGACUUGCGCGAAACAAUCGUUCACCGUCAAAUGUUUCAUUCCGCCAGGCAGCCCUGCACCCGAAGAGAUCUCUGGCAAAGACCAAGCAGAAUGUCUCGAGCUCGACCUCACCAAGAUCUCCCGGGAAGACUUAGCCAAGCACCUGCAGGGCAUUGACGUUGUCGUCAGCGCUCUCAACGGCCCAGCACUCGACUCCCAGAUCUUGAUACAAGACGCCGCCGCCGACGCUGGUGUCCAGAGAUUCUACCCGAGCGAGUAUGGCAUGCACCACAUCUACCGCAAACCCAAUGACCCGCAGGGAUACGUGCAUCCGCUAUGGGACUCCAAAGCCCGCGUCAAUGAAAAAGCACUGCUCCACCCGGCCAUCGAAUCCGGCAAAAUGUCCUACACCCUAAUUGGAUGCGGCGACUUCUACAACCAGGACCGUGACCCUAACGCUCGCGCCGACUUCACUCACCUAUCCGACUUCGCAGAGUAUCUCGUCGCGACGAUCUGUGAGCCCGAGAAGUCGCACAACGCUCAUCUAAACUUUGUCAGCGACACUGUCAGUCACACGCGGAUCGCCGAGCUGUUGCGUACAUACUCUGGCAAGCCCGUGCAUGUGGAGGUCCUACCGGAAAGCGAAAUGCAUAUCGUUCUUGCAAGACCGGAUGCUGCGCCUGAGAACCUGCGGGGAAAAGACGUGAGUGCGUUCCCCGUGGAUUUCUGGUUCUUGGUCAAGGGCGCGCAGGGCCAGGAUCGGUUUCGUUGGCCUCUGGGGCAGAGGGCGAAUGAUUUGUUCCCAUAUGUGAAGAAGACGACCUUUGAGACUUACUUUAGACAACGAUUUGAGAAGCAGUGA